CAUGCAUAUUUUAUCAUCUUAGAUUAAGUUAUAAAACAUGGAUAUUGAAGAAAAACUUGCUUCAUACUAUAAACAAAUGAAUCGUCAUUUUCAAAGCCAUGGGAGAACAAAAGACUUCACAGGGCAUUCAUCUAAGGUUCAUUCUGUUGGCUGGAAUUGCAAUGGUCGAUACCUUGCAUCGUGCUCAUUCGAUAAAACAGUAACCAUAUUUACACUUGAUAAAGAUAGACUGUCAAAAGAGCAAACAAUGAAAGGCCACAGUGAUAGUGUUGAUCAACUCUGUUGGCAUCCAACUAAUGGUAACUUACUGGUUACUGCAUCAGGAGACCGAACUGUUCGUGUCUGGGAUGCAAGAGGUAAUGGAGCAAAAUGUACUGAUGUUUUAUCAACGAAAGGGGAAAAUAUUAAUAUUUGUUGGAGUCCAAAUGGAAACACUAUUGCUGUUGGAAAUAAGGAAGAUCUUAUCACGUUCAUUGACACAAGGACAUACAAAAUUACGGCUGAAGAACAGUUCAAAUUUGAGGUGAACGAAAUUUCUUGGAACAAUACAAACGAUUUGUUUUUUCUUACAAAUGGACAUGGUUGUAUAAAUAUUUUAAGCUAUCCUGAUCUGAAACAAAUAGAAACGUUAAAUGCACAUCCAGCGAAUUGUAUAUGCAUCAAGUUUGAUCCAAAAGGAAAAUAUUUUGCUACUGGAAGUGCAGACGCCUUAGUCAGUCUGUGGGAUCUGGAUGAAUUGUGUUGCGUACGAUGCUUCUCAAGACUAGAUUGGCCAGUGAGAACGAUCAGUUUUAGUCAUGAUGGUCAAAUGUUAGCAUCAGCUUCUGAAGACCUCUUUAUUGAUAUUGCGAUGGUUGAAACGGGCGAACAAAUAUGUGAGGUACCUUGCAGUACUCCAACGUUUACUGUAGCAUGGCAUCCAAGUGAAUACUUACUAGCGUUCGCAUGUGACGAUAAGGACAAACAUGAUCGAGAUGCUGGCACCAUCAAAUUAUUUGGAUUGACAAAUUCAUCGUAGUUGGCAGUCACAGUCACGUGUUGGCAUAAGUAUUUUGCAGAAUGGUAUGUCAUACCCAUAUAGAAAAAAUUAUGAAUCUGACGCUCGCAAUUGAAAUAUUAUUGAAUCGAUUGCAGAUUGAACAAAAACAAAGAUGGAGAGAAAACAUUGAAUGCAAUGAAAAUGUAAUAAAGCAUUAAAAAUAUGUAGGCAUGUAUAUAUGUGAAAAUAGAGAUAGAGACGGUUUUUUUCGAGAUGCCACUUAAUUUUUUUUAAAUUUUCAUUUAAUCUCCUGGAAUUUCUCAUUUAAGAUAUGUUUAUAAUUCAA